AAAACUGGCGGACAUAAGUGUGACAACUGUGGCAAAGUAUACACACUGCCCCAUGCAUUAUCCCGACACACAUGGAAGUGCAAAGGCCUUCGUGAGAUUGACUGCCAGAUUUGUCAUGCCAGAUUCUACAGAAUGGACCACCUUAAAAAGCACAUGCUGCGCCAUUAUAUAUAUAUAUAA